UUGAGCCUAACAUUGCUUACGUUAUUCCAAUCGAAGCCCAUUUAACAGACCACCAAUUUAAGGCCUGUUACAUAUAUGGGCCGCCAUGGUUUUCUUGAGCCAGGUACAGGUGAUGCGGAAAGUCCUACUUCCGGAAUUUAGGGCCGCCGCUGUCGCUUCUCUCCGGCGGCCUUUCUCCGAUUGGCGGCAGACUUUAGUCCCUGAUUUGCCACGCGUCGACUCGUUGGUCGGCGGCGCCGACGACAAGCACUGGCUCGUCGUGAUGCACCCUCCCGAUGACUGCCCUCGACGGGAAGAGAUCAUCCAACGAUACGUAGCCACUUUGGCCAUGGUUCUUGGGAGCGAGACGGCGGCGACGGAUUCCAUCUACUCGGUUUCGACCAAGUAUUACUAUGCAUUUGGCUGUAAAAUCAUCCCACAAAUGACUGAUAAGAUCAAAUUGCUUCCCCAUGUCAAAUGGGUUUUGCCAGACUCUUAUUUACCUCCUAAAGAAAGUGGCUAUGGAGGGGAACCAUUUGUCAAUGGUCAAGCCGUGCCUUACGAAGAGAAGUACCACGCUGAUUGGCUUCGCGAAAACCCCGAAAAGCAUUUUACAGAGAGAGGUCCUUUGAGGAAGCCCGGAAGGAAAAGAAUUGGUGCAAGGAAUUACAAUGAAGAGAAGUGACUGAUCUUGUCGAUUUAGGCCUGGAUUUAGGAUUGUAACUCAGACACUGAUGAGCCAGCGCCGCCACUUUCCGAGCACCUUCCGUGGAGUACUGCCCUUCGAGCCGUGUGUCCAUUAUCCUGUCGAGCUUGUGGUGGUCCUUUAAAUAAGGCUUUGCCCAC